AUGGAUAGAGACUUGCUAAGGCAGAGCCUUAUAUAUCACGGAGAAUCACUGCUCAACAAACUGAAAUGUGAACAAACUGAAAACCCUGACUUUCAAGCGGUUGUUUCUGACCUCUGCAAAGCCACUUAUGAAAGUACAGGGAAAGAGCUGAGCAACACUCUGGUGGAGCAGUUUGUUGCCAGGAAGGCUGACAUUUUGUUCUGCCCUACAUGGAAAACUGCAACCCCUCAAGAGCAUGAGACGGAAGAGGAAGAUGGAGCAGAGCCCUACGCCCUCAUGCCACCGGUGGAGUUAUUCAUGGAGCUGUCGUAUGAUGAGAGGAGAUCCAUGAUUUACAGAGACUUGGAGAAAGGGGACAUCGUGGUGGGGAGGAUCAACAACAUCCGUGAAUACGGCUUCUUUCUCACCCUGCUUUGCAUGGCUGGUGAUCUGAAGAGAGACAUAGAGGACCUUGAGUUGUCAGCUCUGUGUCAUGUAAAGGAAAUUCCGUCUACAGGUAGUCACGAUGAUCCUCUGUCCUACUAUCAGAUCGGGGACUUUAUCAGAGCUGGAGUGAAAGACAUUGAUCGCUACCAGGAAAAGAUCACAGCGUCCCUCCUCCCGGCCUGUCUUUCUCCCAACUGGGAGCAUAUCAAAUUGGGUGUCAUUACACGGGAAGAGCUUCCUGUUGACUACAGUCGCAGUGUUCGAGCAGCUGCUGACUCCACUGAGACCUACGAAUGCAUUCUGAGAAGCUGCCAUGGUUCCCAAAACCCCUUUGUGGUGAACUACCUGUUGGAGAAGGUGGGGGUCAGUGACCUGCACCCACCGUCAAUGAUGCGAGGACUACAGAGUAAACUUUUCCAAGCGGAAGAUUUUGCUCCUUCCAUCAGGAAGAAGCAGUCUGCAUCCUGGGCCUUGAAGUGCGUCCGCGCCGGGGUCGACCACUUCAAGCACGGUCGCCACGUGGAAGCCAUGAAUGAAUACAACAAGGCUUUAGAAAUCGACACUAAUAAUGUGGAGGCGCUGGUGGCACGCGGAGCUUUAUAUGCAAACAAAGGCAGCAUCCUUAAGGCCAUAACAGACUUUGAACUGGCUCUGGCGAACUGCCCAGACCACCGAAAUGCCAAGAAGUACCUCUGCCAGACACUGGUAGAGAGAGGCAAACAGCUGGAAGAACAAGAGAAGCUUGUAACAGCGGAGGGAGUGUACAGGAGAGCUUUGACCCUUGAUGAGUCAAACCCAGAGGCAAAGGAGGCCCUGCACAACAUCACAGAAACCAUACAGAAAUCGAUUCGCCUGCGAGAAGAAGCACUUUUGAAGGAGCAAGUAAAAGAAAAGAGCGGCCCGACCAGCGCGGAAAAGUUACGUAAGAUCUUAAAAGACGAGAAGAGGAUGAAGAAGAAACGGAAGCGAUCAAACUCUUCCUCCUCGUCCCCUUCAUCUCGGAGCUCUUCAUCAUCAUCAUCAUCCUCCUCUCGCAGGAGGUCAAAGAAGAAAAAAAAGAAGAGGAGGAAGUCUGUGCGGGGAAGUAAGCGCCAUCGGCGGAUCUCCUCUAGGGACAGCAGGCGGAGUGAAGAGGGUAAGAGGGAGAAAGAGGAGGACGAGGUGGAGUGGAUUCCCGCCCCUCCCAACACCUCCGCCACUUUCCUUAACCAGAAAGGUGGGCCGAUGUUUUCCGGAGGAGAAGAUGAUGAUAAGGCAGCAGGGAGGGACAGGGACGACAGAAGGGUUAGUGAGUUAUAUUCUUUGUCGGCCGCCUCAGAGGAGGAGGAGUCUGACUCCUCGCACAGAGACAGAAGGAGGGACAGUACAGAGAGCAGGACGAGAAAGAGAAGCAGCCCACAGAGUGAGGAGAGGAGGGGCGGGAGCAGGGAAAGGGAGAAGGAGGGGAACAGGAGAGACAGUGACUCCCGAAGGAGGAACAGCUUAGAGGAGAAUCGAACCCGAAAGUCGUCCUGCUCGUCAGCUGAGGUGGAAUAUUUAGGCCAGAAAUCAAGUUUCUGGCCUGAAUAUUCAGGAGACCCUGGUUCUGCUUCCAAACAUCCAGAAAACAGGAUGAGGCACGACUCAUCCUCAAGGAACUCCUUUGAUGGCGGUAGGUACGAGAACAGAGGGAGGCAGGAGGGGGAGGAGGCCAAGAGAUGGAAGGAAAGUAGGAAGGAGAGAUCAGAGGAAGAGGGCAGCACCUCGCAUCAAGGGCUAAGUGAUAAAUCAGAGAGCGCUGGAAAUCAGAAUGGACAGAGUGCUGUGGGGCCCAAGAAAGCCCUCCCUGCUAACUUGCUGGAUAUUUUUAACCAGAUUGCUCAGUUUGAGAAAGAAAAAGGGGCCAAACCAAAAAAAAUGACUUAA